AUGAAGGGUGGAAAGGAUGAGCAGGAGAAGGAGUCAUCAAAGAGCACUGAAACAGAUAAACAAAAUCCUCAAUCUGAAAUUGAUUAUCAGCAGCAAAAUGUCUUUGAAGAUGAUCUGGACGCAGAGUUCUGGAUUAAAGUAAGUAAAAAGCGUUCUGAAGGUUUGUCAUGGAACAGAGCUAUCGAUGAGGUUCAUGUUGCAAGACUUAUCAAGACAUACAAAGAUAAUGGUGAACUGAACAGUGAAGACCCAGCACUAUUGAUGUUAAAACAGUGGCCAGCAUCUAGACACUAUAAAAACUGUCCAGAUACACUUCCAAGCCUUGCACAAAUGAUAAAUUGUUUGUUGGAGAUUCUGUUAGAAAGUGAACUUAACUCAGACAGCAGAUACAAAAUGUUCAGGGAUGAAGAGGAUAAAACAAAGAGGACAUUGCUUCACUAUGCUGCAGAACUGGGCUUUUUACAAGUCACUCAAACUCUUGUGAAAAAAUGUCCCUUGCUGUUAGCUGUGAAAACCAAAGGCCAGCUAGAGCCUGUGAGAAAAAGAGCUGCAUUACCAGUUGAGUUAGCAAUACAAGCAGAGAAAGAUGAGGUGGCAGCUUAUUUGAUUAGAAUGAUGUGGCAUGAUAGGGUUCAAAGUUUAUUUUCUUGGAGACCAGAACAUAAGAUGACAAAUCCAAAGCCAUCUUUCUUCAGUUUUCAGUCUAUUAUUGAGAAUUCCAAAAUGAAGGAAAUAUACAAUAACAAAGAAGAGGAAGAUGCCAUUGAAGGAGUCUGGAGAACAAUAACUGAUGAUCCUGUAGAUUAUCACUUUUAUUAUCAUGUCUUAGACGGUGAUGAGGCUGGAAGGCCUCCAAAACUCGUGGUCUUGGAGGAUCAGCAGAUAAUCAAUGGAUUUUUUAACUUGAGAGACAAGUCCUGUUUACAUGUAAUUGCCAAAUGCAAUAAUAAGGAGGCCUUGCAACAUCCUGUGGUAAGAAUGUUGAUUAAAACCAAAUGGAAAACUUAUGGACACUGGUUUCUCAGCCUUCAAGCAACACUUUAUGUGGUUUUUUUGCUGUGUUUGUCAUAUUCUCUACUGCAAGCCUCAACUAAAGAGGACCCCACCCUGUAUUGGGGUGCUGGUGACUUACUGCAAGGAUUGUGUGAGAUUUUCACCCUCCUCAUGGUUGUCUCAUACAUAUUUGAAGAAAUCAAUCAAAUGAUCAGAGAGAGGCAGUCAUAUUUCACAGAGUGGAUGACCUUGUUUGACUGGUUAGGGCUGCUGUUGAUCCUGUGUAUAAUACCCUUACGAUGCACUGGUAGCAAAGCUCAGUGGCUGGUGGCAUCUUUGGCUUUCCUGUUCAAUUUCCUUAGGAUAUUUAAGUUCUCUUGCGUGACGAGGACAUCAGGAUUAUACGCGCAUACUUUGGCUAAGAUUAUUCUUCACGAUGUAACAAGAUCCAUGGCAGUUUUUAUUGUGAUCUUUUUCUCCUUCUGUGGUGCCUUAACUUUAUCGCUUUGUUGCUCCAUUGAAAACCAGCAUGAUCUAGGCAAUGUUUUACUGAGCGGUUUAAGUGCACUGUCUGAACAGCGACCAAUUGCAAAAGAAUACUCAGAAUUUAACUGGCUCUCAAUUCUGUUGAUGAUGUCUUACAUGGGAACAGUGACUGUGAUUCUCCUCAACAUCCUCGUUGCACAGAUGAGCACGACCUACACACAGGCCAGGAAAGUCGCUCGUCUGGAAUAUGAUGUGGAUCGUAUUUUACAGCUGACGCGCAUGGAGAGAUUUCCUUUUCUGAAUUUGCGCGUGAGAUUUUACAAAGAGGGAGACUGGAUCAGCGAGAUGAAACUCACACAAGAGCUUUUUGAAUUCAGUGAAGAUCGCAGCCCUUGGGAGUCGAUGGAAGAGAAACUUACAGCGAUACGAGACAUGAUGAGGAAGAUGGUGAAACAGAAGAGGCCUGGAAUCGGAUGA